AUGAAAUUUGCUGAUAAUCUUACUGGUUCACAAGUACCAGAAUGGCAUGGCAAAUAUUUGGAUUAUAAAUAUGGGAAAAAAAAAUUACAUCAAUAUCAAUUGAAACUCGAAGCCUUUAAAAAUAAUUCAAAUGCUAAUCUUAGAUCAGCUAGUCUAUUAGAAGUCAAAAAAUUCUUUAUCCAGGAUUUCAUAGAAGAUUGGAUCAUUCCUUCUCAAAUCAUCAAAUGUAAUGAUUUCUAUUUACAUCUUUUAAAUUUUGCUAAUUUAAAAUUAAAUAUCUUAAAUGAUCAAUUGGCCAUUUAUAAUUCAAAAGUCAAUUUCCAUAACAAUAUCGAUUAUGGUACCACUACAUCCACUAAUUUACCAGAUUAUUAUUUCCACAAACAUAACAAUAACACUUUAAUAAAACAGUUUCUCAGCGAUGAAAAAUUAUUACCUUCGUGGCCCAAGAAUUUAAACCCAAUUAAAUUAUUUUCUAAAUUCUCCAUGGGGAAGGAAACUUUUAAAAUUAAUACCACUUCAAAUGCUAUGGGAGCCAUCAAUGGUAGUGGUGAAGAUGAUGAAGAUGAUGAACAAUUGCCUAUUUGUAAUCCAAAUUGGGAACGUAAAUUAUUGAUCAAUUCCAUUUUAAACCAUUUGAUGUAUUUGCAAUUGAUUAAAUCGUAUAGAGAUAUUAAUGUCACAGGGUUCCGUAAGAUGAUCAAGAAAUUCGACAAGAUAUGUAAUACAAAUGAAUUACCCACUUUCAAAUCAUAUAUGUUUAAAAAUUAUUCCAUUUUCAAACAUUCAAAUUAUACUGAAGAUAAAGAUCCUUUAUCCAAGAUGGAAACCAUACUAGAAAAUUGGUUAUUAAAUGAUUUAUCCAAUUCCAAUACUACAAAUGCCAUUGCCAAUAAAAAGCAAAUUAAUAUUCUAAUUAGAAAUAUUAAAUUGAAAUCUUCCAUUGAUGAAAAUAUCAUUCAUAAAAAUAAUACAGUAAUCUUACAAAUGUUUUUAUCAGGUUUAUUAUUAGGUGUUUCAGUAAUUCUAAUCACUUAUACUCUUUAUUUAUCAAUCACUUCAAAUAAAGAUUCUCAUAUUCAUAAGGCAUUAUUCCCUAUUUGGGGUGGUUGUUAUAUGGUUCUUUUAAUAAUUUUAUUGUUUUUAUUCGAUUGCUUCAUUUGGCAUAGAUUCAAUAUUAACUAUAAAUUCAUCAUCUUUAAUAAAAUUUAUUCAAAAAAUGGUACUAAUUCUUUUAAUAAUGAUUUCGCGACUACAAACAUUCCAGAAAAUUUAUAUUUCUUAUCAUUUUUAAUUAUAAUCACUUCCAUUUUCUCAGUCUUAAGUUUCUUUAAUGAUUCUUUAACUCCAUAUGGUCAAUUUUAUAUAAUGGUUAUUUUCAUUAUUAUUUUCUUACCAAAUUUCAAAUUUGCCCCACCUUAUUUCAAUAAAAUUAUUAAUACUAAAAAAAAAAUUAUUAUUUCAUUAAUUAGAUUAUGUCUUUCAGGUCUAUACCCAGUGGAAUUCAUUGAUUUUUUCCUGGGUGAUAUCGUUUGUUCAUUAACUUAUUCCAUCGCUGAUAUAGCUCUUUUGAAAUGUAUCAUCGAAACAAGAUACGAUGAAACUUUUAUUUGUAGUUCUUCGAAUUUGGUAUCAAUGGGUAUCUUAUCAUGUUUACCAAGUUAUUGGAGAUUUAUGCAAUGCAUUAGAAGAUACCUGGAUUCCAAUGAUUGGUUCCCUCAUCUUUUAAAUGCUGUCAAAUAUUUAUUUGGCAUGGCUUAUAAUGGUUCACUGUCUGCUUAUAGAUUAUCUCACCAUUCUCCAAAGAGGAAACCAAUCUUUAUAGUGAUGGCCUCUUUAAAUUCAAUGUAUACUUCCAUUUGGGAUAUUAUGUUAGAUUGGUCAUUAUUACAAUCAUCAGAUUUGGAUUCUUUAAAUAAUAAGAAUAAAAAUUUCUUAUUGAGAAAUGAUCUAUAUUUCGCUGGUAAUAGAAAUUGGAAAGAUGGCUCUUAUUCAAAAUGGGGGAAAUCAGUCUAUUAUUUUGCAAUGAUUUUUGAUAUUGUUAUUAGAUUCCAAUGGAUUGUUUAUGCUAUUGCUCCACAAACUAUUCAACAAAGUGCAGUGACUUCUUUUGUUUUGGCAACUACCGAAGUUAUUAGAAGAUUCAUUUGGGUCAUUUUCCGUGUAGAAAAUGAACAUGUAGCAAAUGUUCAAUUAUUAAGAGUAGUAGGUGAUUCUCCCUUGCCUUAUCCAAUUGAAAUGAAACGUAAGGUAUCAAAUACUAACUCAACAUCUCAAUUGGAUAAUGAAACUGCUAAUGAAAUUACUAAUAAUUCAAAUGAUAGUGAAAGUAAUUCUCUAUUAACAAAUAUUACUACUAAUACUUCCAUUAAAAAUUAUAUUUCAAAUAAUCAUAAAAUAACAAAUGAGCUCACAACUUCAAUCCCAACUCCAAUUGAUCGUCCAUAUCAUACUAUUAUAAGGAGAAAGACUUAUAUGAUGGAUGGUCUUUCAAAAUCUAUUCCUUGGGCUCAUACUUCUGAUUUCCAACUACCAAGAAUUAUUCCAUCAAAUUUUACUACUACAACUACAACAACUAAUUCUGGUCUUUCAAUUAAUAAUAAUUCGGAUCUAGAAAAUGAUCCUUUAAGCACCACAACAAGCAUAAAUGAAGAUAAUUGA